AUAUUUAGAUUUCAAAUUAAUCUUUUAAUUAUUAUUGCUUUCUAUAGCCUAUCAGAGCGUGCAAUUUUGUCUCUUGUAGCUGGUCGCCAGUCACCUGGUGUGGUAGGGUUACGUGGAGUUCUUCAGCCAAUAGCUGAUGGAAUAAAACUGUAUAUAAAGGAUAUAAUUCGCCUUGCUCAGAGAAAUCACUUGGCUUAUGUGCUUUGUCCAAGGGCUAGGCUGGGAUUAUCUUUUGCAGCCUGGAGAGUUUUUCCUUUUUGGGGUACCUACUCUCUUGAAGUAAGUGCUCUUCUUUUCCUAUGCUUUAUCAGUCUGAGGGCUGUCCCUAUUAUAAUUGCUGGGUGGGCCUCUAAUAGGAAAUAUUCCUUAAUAGCUAGGGUUCGUGCGUUAGCCCAAGCAAUUUCUUAUGAGGUUGUGUUAGGUCUCCUUUUAGUCUUUCCUCUUUUGUUUACCCAUAGACUAGAGAUGACAAGGGUCGCAGCCCCUACUCAAAGAAUUUGGGUCGCACUUGCUUUUCCCCCCCUGUUUGGAAUGUGGUUGGCAUGUAUUCUGGCUGAGACAAACCGGAGGCCCUUUGAUUUGGUGGAAGCUGAGUCUGAGCUAGUAUCUGGGUACAAUGUAGAAUAUAGUGGGUUACAUUUUGCUUUAUUCUUUAUGUCUGAGUAUUCAAAUAUAUUACUCUUUAGAGUUAUUACUACUAGUUUAUAUUUAAAUGAUGGUUUUAUGUUUACUAAUCCACCGCUACAAGAAGCUUACUUUAUGACUAAAGCUUUUUUUGUUAGAAUUUUUAUUCUUUUUUGUCGUGCUGUAUUUCCUCGAAUUCGGUUUGAUCAUUUAAUAAAAAUAAUGUGACUUGGAUCACUCCCUCUUACUUUAAGAUUUUAUAUUUGGUAUAUCAUUUGAAUAUAA